UGAAACCGGCCGCGCGAUCCGACAAAGCCCAGGACCACUGCUCGAAGUGGAGGUUUUUCGGGCAUGUAAACACACGGCAUUCCAGUAAGUGAGCGCACGGCGCCGAGCGCAAGCGAUGUCCGCGACGCAUCCCUGAGUGUAGCGAUGCAAUCUGGCGACACUAGACAGUCUGGGAACUGCCACAACCUUCAGGAUUGCCACACGGAUUGCUACAGUGCGGGAACCAGGCGUUAGCUGAGUAGCAAGCUCGCCACCGAAGAGUGUGGCUUGGGUCGGUCGGUGUUUCUGUUCGUACUACCUUCGGCGUGCCGGAUAUUCAAACUUUGCAUGGGGUUUUCAACAUCAGUCAAGCGGGGUAGCAAGAUGUUGCGGUCGGGAGUAGAAGCCGGACUCUUCGUCACUCUGCUGGCUACGUUGUCGAUCGUGACUACGGCAGCUCAAGAACCAGGAGAUUACCCUAUGCCCCUGGAUCCUGCUAGUUCCUUCCACCCGUCCGUAGUACCUGACCACGAUUCGGCUUUGUCUUUAGAGGGUAUGGGGGGCGGUGAACUACCAACCUUCGUGAUUCACCCGACGGACGCGUAUAUCGUGAAGAAUCGUCCGGUCACCCUCACGUGCAAGGCAACGCCUGCGAUACAGAUCUACUUCAAGUGCAACAACGAGUGGGUGCGUGCAAAGUUCCACAAGCACUUCGACUCCACCGAUCCGGAGACGGGAGUCGACUACAAACAGACCAGCAUCGAGGUGACGAAGGAAGAAGUGGAUCAGAGACUAGAGCAGACGGGAGAGAACUUCUUCUGUCUCUGUGUAGCCUGGAGUGCGGAGGGGUCCUCCAGGAGCGAGGAGGCAACUGUACAGAUAGCAUAUCUCAGAAAAGAUUUUAUUCUGGAGCCCAUCAGCCAGGGGGUCCCCAAUGAGACACCGGUGCAACUCCAAUGCCGCCCACCAGAGGGCGUGCCGACACCCGAGGUGGUGUGGCUGAAGAACGAUGAGGAGAUCCAGGUGGACCUGGACAUCAACUUCAUCAUUACUAACGAGGGGAACCUGAUAAUUAACCAGGCUCGACUGUCCGACACCGCUAAUUACACGUGUGUGGCGAAGAACAUUGUCACCAAACGCAGGAGCGUUACCGCCAGGGUGACCGUUUACGUCAACGGUGGUUGGUCGACAUGGAGCACGUGGAGCGAGUGUAACAGCCAGUGUGGGCGCGGCCUGAUGCGUCGGACCCGUACCUGUACCAACCCCGCCCCGCUCAACGGCGGCGACACCUGCGACGGCGACCCUGUACAGCGCGCGGAGUGUACCACUCUCUGUCCAGUGGAUGGAGGUUGGUCGGAGUGGUCCAAAUUCUCAGCCUGCGGGCGCGAUUGUAACAACUGGAGAAGACGAGAGUGUAACGAUCCGCCGCCACAAUUCGGCGGUCGCUACUGCAUCGGAGACAACAUGGAGACAAGAAAUUGUACAGGGGGUCUCUGUAGAGAUUCUGAAGAAAGUGAUCUACAAAUUCAGACCCAUAGUCCGACAUUUGCCAGUGCUCGGACAGAAGACAACCUGGCCCUGUACAUCAGCCUGGUCGGGGCGGUCACUGUGUUCCUGCUCGUGUGCCUGUUCAUCAUCGUGGUCUGGUGGAGAAAAAACAGGCACUCAGACAUGACCUCCUCAUCCGCAGCCCUUACUGUGGAUCCAGGCAAGCCCUAUGGAUAUCCUCCUGAUCACAGCUACGUGGCUCAGCCUGAUCUCACGCGGUCCACCGGAAACGUCCGCGGUUUUCCGGUCAUGCCGACCCUGGCCUUCUCCGACGACAAAAUCCCCAUGACGAUGUCCCCUCUCCAUAGCAACAACAGCCUCAAGAUCAAGGUCGUUCCGCCCGACGUGCCCAUGAACCGCCCCGUCACUCCUAGCAACCGGUCGGCGACGCCCAGCAACAUGUCCACCCUCCAGCGUAACGCGCAGAUCAUGAGUAACAGUCUGCCGGACAUGCAGCCGAGUACGCCGGAAAUGUCCGAUGUUGGUACGAACACCCGGAGACCGAGCUCGAUCUACGACGCGGAAAACUUGGCGAAGAUUCUUCCGUCUUACGUAGACCCGGCGUUUGCGGCCUGUGGCACGAUAGGCACAGAGGGCGGGAGGUUAGCAAUAGAGGAAUCAGGUGUGAGUCUGCUGAUUCCCCAUGGAGCCAUCACAGAAGGUCACACAGAGGACAUUUUUAUCGCCGUGUUGCGCGAGGAAAAAGACAGACCAAAAAUGAACGCGAAACAGACACUUUUGGGCCCGGUGGUCGCGGUCGGUCCCCACGGACUCCACUUUAGAAAACCCGUCAUCGUGACCUUUGGGCACGCCGCGGGCUUACGGGAGCGAAACUGGGAGUUAACACUGUUGUCCAGCGAGAGCCAUCCAAGCAGAAGCCCCUCCUGGCAGAACUUGGUGCUGAUUGGUGAGGAAACGUUAAACACGACGGCGUACUGCCAGGUCGACGAGCGAGACUGCCACGUGAUGGUCGAACACCUCUCCUCGCGCUACGCCCUGAUUGGCCAGUCCGCGCCCGCCACACAGGCCGUGAAGAGACUGAAGCUCGCAGUGAUCGCUGCGCCUCUUCAGCCGUCUGGUGACUACAACUUCCGUGUGUACUGUGUGGCUGACAACUCUGACGAACUUGAGGGAGUGGUACAGUCCGAGGCUAUGUUGGGGGGUCAGAUGCUGGACACGCCCAAGAUUCUGCCCUUCAAGGACAACGGCCGAGACCUUUGUCUGAGCAUCGAAGAAACCUUGCCAGGAUGGAAGAGCCGACUUGGCGCCAACUUCCAGGAGAUACCAUUCCACCAUGUGUGGGGGAGCAGCCAGACAGGCCUGCACUGUUCCUUUAUGAUGGAACGCACCGACCCCCAGAUCCAAAUGGUAACGGCCCGAAUCCAAGUCUUCCAGGGCUCUCCUGAAGAGGAGAGGCAGAGUCUGAACAUCACAGCAAGUGUCAGCAGAGAGGGGAGAAUGCCACAGACCACGCCGUCCCUCAGGCACAAGCGUGAGCCGACCCUGCUCCGGUCGGAGUCCGACCUCGCCAUCCCCAAGGCCCCCCAGGUGCCCGCCGAAGUGUUCAGGUUACCCCCUGCGGUGCGGGCGAGCUUACGCGGCUGCCUCGACAUCCCCAACGUCAAGGGCAAUGACUGGCGAGGGCUGGCCAAGAGGUUGCAAGUCGACAGGUAUAUCAACUACUUUGCGACGAAGCCCAGCCCCACGGACCACAUCCUGGACCUCUGGGAGGCCCGUAACCGUGACGACGGAGCCAUCGAGGAGCUCAUCCUGGUCCUGAAGGACAUGGGACGCUCGGACGCCUGUCUCCUCAUCGAAUCAGGAGUCAGCACACCGCUCGUAGCAUAGGCAUCGCCUCGCUAUGCACAACUGCCCUCCAGGCAGAGAUAUAGCUUUUGGGCAUGUUUUUGGCGUGUUUUUAGGCUUUGUUGGAUUGGCGUAGCCUCUACCAGGCUUCGGGAGGCGGCUGGAAAGAGUAGAAGU